CUGGGAGGGUAUAUAAAGACAGCACUGCUUUAGUCAUCGAUUGUCAUUCGGUUGGAGUGAAAGUCUAGUUGACUGCAUUUGAAUUUUCAGGAUUUGCCCGGUUGGUGAAGGAAGAAAACGGAGAUGAAAAACCUCGUGCCCUCGAUUCUCAUCCUGUCUGCCGUGAUCUUGCUGGAGUUUCCACAGACACAAUGUUUUAAGGCUUCAAAACCGAUGGACCUCGCAGGAAAUUCCCUUGACGAUCAAUAUGUCGGUUGUAGAAAGGAAAUGUUAAAAAUCGUCAAUAAAAAAUAUCUUUCAUCAGAAUUUAAAAAAAACCCAGACUUUAAAAACGCCUGGGACACAGCAAAAAAAACAAUGAAAAAAAAAAAGCAGAAGGCACUGAAACUGGAACAAGCCAUGGCAAUCUAUGUUUACACUAUGGAUGCUGUACAUGACCAGUUCAAUAAAGCAGUUAGAGAAGGAGGAACACAUUACAAAGAUUUUCCAUUCAAGUCAUUGCAUUUUCUUUUGACAGACGCCCUGAAUACUCUGAGAUCCCAGAAGGGUAAAUGUUAUAAGGUUUUUAGAGGAGUUACUAAAAAGUCUACCGCUGUUGUAGGUGCAAUUGUACGAUUUGGGCAGUUUGCUUCUACCUCUGUAGACAAAAAUGUAGCGAAAGAGUUUGGAACAACAACAGUGUUUGAAAUACACACCUGCCUCGGCGUGCUAAUUGAAGAAUAUUCAGAUAACCCAUAUGAAGAAGAGGUACUUAUUCCACCUUUUGAAAAAUUUAAAGUGUUGAAUGUCAAAGGAAAUCAAAUCCAACUGGAACACAUUCCUGACAAGACGAGUAACUUCAACUGCUUGGGAGUGAAGAAAAACAUGCUCCUGUCGUGAAGGAUUAUGUUACUUUGGUAACAAGUCUCCCUGAAGAUGCAAAACACAAUGCUGAGUGGCUAUUCUUUUUGUUCUACAUUCUUUUAGUAUACUGUAUCUUCCUUGAGAAUGAUCUGGUCAUUACGUUCAGUCUUUGAUCAGAAAUUUCAAUUCUUAUUUAAAUGGAUCUGUGGGAGGCUCCCACUCACACUGUGCAUUAAUGUGGAGGAGUCAGGGAUAAUUUUCACCUGCAUUCAGAAAAUUAGGAAUAGAUGAAAGAAGACAUGCUGAUUACAGCAGUGUGCACGUUUAUUAGAACACCUCAAGAUUUGUCAUUUAUUGAGCUUUGCACACACAAAAAAUGUGUCAAUUUACUACAGAAAUUAAUUGCUCAUCUUACAUGAAACUAAUUAAAAAAACACAGCUGUUGUCUUUAAUGCUUACAUUUAGUCUGGCCACCUUUGGCAUCAAUAACAGCUUGAUGUCUUUUUUGGCACUGUGUCUGUGCACUUUCUCAAAAUCUCUGGUGUCAUUUGAUGUUAGACCACUUUGUGCUUUAAAUAGGCAUUUCAACAACUUCUAAAAAGUCUCCUGCAUUUCACUGUUGGUGGCUACUGUAUGCAUUCCUUUUUUCUUCCAAUAUGAAAUGAAUUGCAUGUGUGGCAUAUUAAAGUCAUCAAUAUAAUUAGACAGUCAAUGACUUGCCUAUUUUGACCAUUUUCCAGAACAUUCAGUUCCAGUGGUUUGAUUUCAUAUGCACAACAAAUCAAAACUACAGAAGCAACGGGGUUCUCUGAUAAAUUUGCACACUUCUGUAUAGUAACUAUAGAUUUUAAGCUGUUAACAUAAGAUUAAACUGGCAAUGGAAGACUUUACAACCCAUGAGCAACAUUAUCACUGGCGGACCCUUUAAAGGGUUGCUAACCAAGGUUUUAAAAUGUAUUCCCUAUUAUUAUCCCCUGUCUUAUUUGGCGGCUCUCACUCAUGUGAAUAAACUAGGCAUUGCAUGAACACUGGUGAAGUAUUCCCACCUGUAUUAACAUGGUAAUGUAGAGGGAGGUCAAGACUGAUGCAUGCCCCUGUGUAUCACUAAAAAAACAUGAAUGUAAAUGUGAUUCAUCUAACUCUCCUCUAUCUGAGUGUC